AUGUAUUUGGAAACUAGAAGGGCUAUUUUUGUUUUUUGGAUUUUCCUCCAAGUUCAAGGAAUCAAAGUAAAUUUAGCACUCCAUGCAGAGGCAAUGUGUUUAUCCUAUAGUUUCCCACAAUCUGUGACCCCAUAUCACGUACCUCGAGAACACUUGAGAGUCAAGGGCAUUCCUGUGGUUCUGGAAUUACAGCAGGAACAGUGCCCUGGAACUGGCAGUGGCUGUGCAUGGACCUCAGCCAGGGUCCAUUAUGAGGCGAUGCCACGUAUGGAAAAGGUAUUUAAGAAACUUCCAGGAUUCAAAGAAAUCCACGUGCUAGGAUUUAGACCAAAGAAAGGAAGAGAUGGUUCAAGCUCCAUAGAGACACGACUUAUAGCCAUCUUUAAGAGAGACAGUGCAGAAGUAAAAAGCCCUGCAAGUGACCUCCUGUCUUGUGAUUCCAACAAAAUUGAGAGUGAAGGAGUCCCUCAUGGAAUGAUGGAGGAGGACAAGCAACCAGAAAUCUAUCUCACAGCUUUAGACCUCAAAAAACUGAUCAGCAGACCACUGGAGGAAGACAAAUCCUUGGAUUUGGAAACAGUUCAGUUCGCUGAUGAAUUUUUGGGGUCAGUGCCAGGCUCUGAUCCUGACUUCCACUCAGUGCUGCCUACACUCCUUGCUGAUAUCACAAAGGAUGCUACUUUGAGUCCAGAACUUCCCCUUGGUCAAUCCAGGCUUGAGACAGCGGGCAGAACAGGACACAGUAUACCUGACAGUUCUUGGUCUUCACCUGCUAAGGCCUCUGCUUCGCCAUCAGACACUCUACCUUUCUUUACUGCAUUCAGCAUCUUCUCUCUGACUGAUCAAAGUGCCACAGACAUAAUGCCCAUUGACCAGACAGUACUAAUCCCAGAACUAACCAUCCCCAUGGAUGGCUAUUCUGCCCUCAGCCAGUCAGCUCUGGAAAUUUCACAUUCAACUGCAUCUUCAGGCAGCCAAGAUAUUGUGAGAGACUUAGACAUAAUGGAUCUAACUAACACUCCUGCCUCCUCUGAGGUACCAAGAUUCAGUGCAGAUGUUUCUACCCCAGGUCAUUUCUCGGAGACUACCACUCCCAACCCAGCUUUACAGUACAUCACCACUAACUCUAUGACCAUUGCCACCAAGGGCCAAGAACUGGUAGUCUUCUUCAGUCUGUGAGUCGCUAACAUGCCCUUCUCCAACAACCUGUUCAACAAGAGCUCUCUGGAGUACCAAGCUCUGGAGCAACAAUUCAUACAGCUGCUGGUUUCCUAUCUACGCUCCAAUCUUACGGGAUUUAAGCAACUUGAAAUACUUAACUUCAGAAAUGGGAGUGUGAUCGUGAAUAGCAAAAUGAGGUUUGCUAAGUCGGUGCCCUAUAACCUCACCAAGGCUGUGCAGGGGGUCUUGGAGGAUUUUCGUUCUGCUGCAGCCCAACAACUUGACCUGGAGAUAGACAGCUACUCUCUCGACAUUGAACCAGCGGAUCAAGCAGAUCCCUGCAAAUUCCUGGCCUGUGGCGAAUUUGCCGAAUGUGUGAAAAAUGAGCGGACCAAGGAAGCAGAGUGUCACUGCUGACCAGGGCGCGUGAGCCGGGGGCGUGGGCACCACCGGGACCCGGGCCUCUGUGCCCCCACAGAGGAAUGUGAGGUCAUCCAGGGAAAGGGAGCUCCGUGCAGAUCGCUGGGUCACUCUAAAAAUCAAGCAUUCAAAACCAGUGUUAAGAAGUUGCAACAUCAGCAAAAUAACAAGAUAAUCAGGAAAAGAGAUUCUGAAUUACUGACUGGAGUAUAUGAAGAAUUUAACUAUCAAGAUUGGGAAGGAAAUUAA